AUGAGAUACACUCACCUACUCGUGGCCAGUGCCGCCAGUCUGGCGCUCGCGGCACCUCGGAGCCAUUCCAAACGAUCCUCGUCCUUUGUUUGGUUUGGCUCCAGUGAGUCUGGGGCGGAGUUUGGCACCGCGAAUAUCCCGGGCGCGCUGGGGACCGACUACAUUUGGCCGGAUACUGCCGGUAUCCAGACUCUGCGUAAUGCCGGCAUGAACAUUUUUCGCGUCCCAUUCUUGAUGGAGCGAUUGGUGCCUACCGAGAUGACAGGAAGUCCGAACCAGACCUAUCUGGCCGGCCUGGUCAGCACGGUGGAGUUUAUCACAUCCACCGGUGCAUACGCCAUUAUUGAUCCUCACAACUACGGGCGAUACUACGGUAACAUCAUCAACUCCACGAGCGACUUUGCGGCGUUUUGGACCACAGUGGCGACGCAGUUCGCAUCGAAUGACAAGGCCAUCUUCGACACUAAUAAUGAGUUCAACACGGAGGAUCAGACGCUGGUCCUUGACCUCAAUCAGGCCGCCAUUAACGCUAUCCGCGCCGCCGGUGCCACUUCGCAGUAUAUCUUUGUAGAGGGCAACUCCUGGAGUGGUGCUUGGACCUGGACAUCUGUCAACACCAAUCUGGUUGCUCUGACCGACCCCCAGAACAAGAUCGUCUACGAGAUGCACCAGUAUCUCGAUUCGGACGGGUCGGGCACGUCUGACGUCUGUGUCAAUACCACCAUCGGCCAGGAUCGCAUGGAGGAUGCCACCCAGUGGCUGCAACAAAAUGGGAAACUCGGGUUCUUGGGCGAAUUCGCCGGUGGUGCUAACUCGGUCUGUCAGAGCGCCGUGACCGGGAUGCUGGACUACCUGCAGGAGAACAGCAAUGUCUGGCUCGGGGCAUCCUGGUGGUCUGCGGGUCCCUGGUGGGCAGACUAUAUCUUUUCUAUGGAGCCGCCUUCUGGGACUGCCUAUACGUACUAUCUGGAUAUCCUUUCGGCUUACUUCCCGGGCAGCUCGACAACAACGACGACGACAACGACCAUCACCGCCACCAGCACCACCACCACCAGGACCACUACCACUACCAAGCCCACCACCACCACUACCAAGUCUACUACUACCACCACCUCGGCUGGUUCAAGCAGCACCGGGGCCGCUCACUGGGGUCAGUGCGGUGGCAUUGGCUGGACUGGGGCGACGACGUGUGUCAGCCCGUAUACCUGCCAGGAGCAGAACUCCUACUACUCGCAGUGCCUGUAA